CCGUCAAAGUCAAGAAAUGCUACCUCAUUCCUAUGUGUAUCGCUUCAUAAAGGAUUUCUGCGUCGUUAAAAUUCAACCGCGAUAAACGGAAAGUUCGGUUUUCCUCUUAAAAACGUCGCUUCGCUUCGGUGACCGUUAGAAACCAACGAAGGCACGGAAAAAACACGACGAAACGGUCGCUAAGCUUCAUUCUGGGGUCGUUUUUAGUCGUUAUACAUCAAAAUAAAGGAAGAGCAACCGAUUUUACCCGCUCGGUGCUGUCCAUUUGCAAAAAAUCACAGUUCAGAUUUGAACAUUUAGCGCGUUUGUGUUAACCGGGAACGGGCAUGCGCACUGGCGCCGACAGGCAGAUGCGGAUAUAAGGAUUGGCGCCGGCGCCACAGCUGAUGCAUUCAUUCAUUCUUCGCUGAGGAGGAGAGCCAUAAGAAUAAAUCAGCACUAUGUCUAGACGCAGUGGUCGCCUCACGCUUCAAGCCAGGAAUUCAAAUGCAGCCAAAUCCGCAGUCCGAGAACCACUAAAGAAAAGGAAGUCUGAGCCAAAGAAGAAGCUUCAACCUGCAGCCAAGAAACAGAACUAUGAGAUACAGACGUGUUGGUCGGAGGAUGGCCCCAGUCCGUGUGUUCUCAUUGAAACUCCCCACAAGGAACUGGAACCCUCAGACCCAUCCAGCUUCAAGCACUACCAGUUCAAGAACCUUUUCAUCAAGGCCUCCCCCAUCCCUUGCCUCAGCUGGGCGAGUUCAGACGACGUUUGGAUUAAAAUGCUCAACAAGGAGCUGAAGUACGUUCAUGAUAAGAGCUACUUGCAGCGGCAUCCCAAACUGCAGCCCAAGAUGAGGGCGAUCUUGUUGGACUGGCUGCUGGAGGUGAGUGAGGUGUACAACCUCCACAGACAGACGGCAUACCUGGCCCAGGACUACUUUGACCGCUUCAUGCUGACUCAGGAGGACGUCGACAAAGAUCACCUGCAGCUCAUUGGCAUCACAGCCCUCUUCAUCGCCUCCAAGACGGAAGAAAUUUAUCCUCCUAAAAUCUACGAGUUUGCGUACGUCACAGAUGGAGCGUGUAACAUGUGGGACAUCCAGCGCACAGAGCUUCGCAUAUUAAAGGCAUUGGACUGGAACUUGUGUCCAGAGACUCCCAUCUCCUGGCUCAAGCUGUACGUUCAGGUGGAAGCCCAGAAGGAUGGAGAAAACUUCCUGGAGCCGCAGUUUUCUCAGGAGACGUACAUCCAGAUCACACAGCUGUUAGAUUUGUGCAUGAUGGACAUCAGUUCGUUGGACUACAGCUACAGCAUUCUUGCUGCUGCCGCCUUCUGUCACUUCUCUACGUUUGACGUUGUUCAUAAAGUCUCAGGCCUGACCUGGGAGAGCGUGUUUCCCUGUUAUCAGUGGAUGAGUCCCUUCAUGGACACGCUGCGCUCUGAAGUCAAACCGCAGCUGAAAAACUUUCCCAAAGUCAAAAUCGACGACAGACACAACAUCCAGACGCAUGUGGCCUAUCUGGACCUGCUGAGAAAAGCUCAGGAGCGUCAAAUCGACAGCCCCGACUGUCAGCUGUCACCUGUUGCCAUGGGGAAGAUUCUGACCCCGCCCAGCAGCACAGAAAAGUCGACCAAUCCUUGAACUGGACCCCAUCAACAGGACCCACUACCUCUCUUCAGGACAACUUGACGCCACAGUUGAGUCGUUGUAGCGACACGUGAUGUGGAGAACAAAAGUUUUUAUGUUUGGUUGUUUUAACACUAAGCUCUAACUUCUGGCAGCCAUUACAGAUCAGACAAGAAACGGAUCUGUUUCUUAAUCAGUUUCAGAUUGAUCAGUUUAAUGAUUCACCAGGUUGAUUAAAUCAGUGUUUCCCAACCCUGGUCCUCAAGGAUUUCAGCUGAUAACUGAUUAACAGGCAGAUUAAAGCAGGGGAACCUAAAACAUGUAGGACAGUGUACCUUGAGGACCAGGGCUGGGAAACACUGGAUUAAAUCAUCAGUCUGGUGAUGGAUGAUUUAAUCUGUCAUAAUUUUGCUACAACAGUUUUCACCCACCUGGUCUUUCCUCCGUGUGAGCCGUCAUCUGGGAGUUUCACUGGUGCUGAUCUUAAACUUGAAGCUUUGAUGCUUUCUUAUGGUGCUUCAGUUGAUUCUCAGGAAAUGAGAAAAACCUGCUUUUGUUCUUACGACAGUCAUUCCAUUUUAAACAGGUACAAUUAGACGUGUGCCACCUUUAGGUCUGUUUUUUUUAAUGUCUGAAAGUAAAUCUGUCCUUUAUGGAGGAUUGUCACCUUUAGAACAAACAGCUUAAUUUUUUUUUUUUUUUUUUGAUGCCAGAAGCAUUUCAUAGCGACCAGAAUUAUAGGAAUUAUUUUUAUUUUUUAUUUUUUCCUAUUUAGGUGUUUAAUGCACCUGACCUGCUUGUGGCAAAAAAAAAAAAAAAUUACAUUUUGUAUAUUUGUUGCAAUCUGGUUGCAAUCUUUUGUUACGUUCCUGGAAAACUUGACCUUUGUGCAAAUUAUUAAUUUUUAUUUUUUUUUGCUUUUUCAUUUUAAGUGCUUGUAUUUAUUAAUAAGCCUUCGUAAGUAAAGGAAAAAUGUUCAUAUGUAAAAUCUUUUAUUGAUUGAACUUAGUCUGGUCACUCAGUGCCUAAGGCAAAAAGGUAUUUAUGACUUUUGCUCCGUAACAUCUGUUCACUUGAGGUUCAGCAUUAAAUGUUGUACAUAAGGAUGUCUUCAGUGCCUUUUUUAUAUAAGAAAAAUAUGUACAUGAACUUAAUUUAAAACUGAGUGAGCCAAAAAGUUUAAAUCCAUCAAACCUGUGACUGUAAACCUCCGCAGUGAACACUUAAACCAUGUGAACUGUGUAUAAAUGUUAAAGAAUGUUUUUGUACAUAGAGCAAUUUAAGCAGAAAAUUGUAAUUUCCUUUUUGUAUUAAUGUUUUAAAUAAAUGUUUAAAGUGUUU